UGAUCGGCGUGAGUGUUGCUAAUUGUGGUGUGCUGUUUGGUUUGCUGAGAAAAUAGCUCAAACGAGUCGGAGAAAGUUGGAAGAAUCGCUGGCUUUCUCUACCGGCGGCGGAGCUGGAGCAUUGCGCGGGCUGCUUGAGCUCAGUCGCUAGCUGAAUUACUUCGCGUAUGUUCUCGUGUUUUGUACUGCGCGAUGUACGUGUGAACUUUUGAAGCAGUUGUGGACGUUUUCCUUCCUGCUUGAGUCGCCGGGUUCUUAAACUAAUUAUGCACCAGUGAAUGACAGUACGUGCGGUUAUUGCAUGGUUUGUCUCGGAUUGGAAAGUUCUAUUUUUAGAUAGCUUCUGACACCAUUUUGGAGCUCCCAUCAACUAUACAAAGAAAGUUGACCAAAUCCUGAGAAGCAACAUAGAGGGUGAAAAUUACAAUGCUCUAAGAUGCAGAUUAGGAUUGUUAACGAUGAAAGCUUUUAGCUGUCAGGCUGGCAUGAUUUAUGUUGAAGAGGAUAAAGAACCAGCAGUGUGAUGUCUGCCAGUAGAAGCUCAAGAAAUGGGCUUAGUGGCGACGGUCUUGGCAGCCAACAAUCUGGUGCUUUAAGCAGAGGUGGCCUUGAAAGACAUUCCUACGAAAGGAUUCCCAAUGGAGAUGGCAAGAUUGAUCAUUCACACGACCCAGAGACUAUGGAACUUUAUGCCCGAGCUAGGGCACAAGAAAGUGAGAUCCAGACUCUCCGCGAACAAAUUGCUUCGGCUUACGUGAAUGAAAUGAAGCUCUUGAGUGAAAAAUAUGCAUUAGAGAAGAAAUUUGCGGACUUAAGACUGGCAAUUGAUGAAAAGCAAAAUGAAGCCACUGCCUAUGCCUCAAAUGAACUGGCUCAUAGGAAAGGUGAUCUGGAACAAAAUCUAAAAUUGGCUCAUGAUCUGAAGGAGACAGAGGAUGAAAGAUACAUGUUUGUGUCUUCCAUGCUUGGUUUGUUGUCUCCAUAUGACAUAUGGCCACCAGUCUUGAAUGCCGCUGUUAUAUCCACGUACAUCAAGCGUUUGCACGAUCAAUUAAAGUGGAAGAUUAGAACUUCAGAGGAUAAAAUCAGAGAAGCAGAAAAUGUGGGGGGAAUCAAUGCUGGGAAUACUUCAGAUGUUAGAGGCAAUUAUUGGUCUGGCAUGCCGACAAGACAAGUUCCCCAAAGAUCGAUGGGUGUUUCCGAUCGAGACGCAUAUAAAGAUGGAGAUGCUAUGGAGCUAACGAACAAUUUGUCAAAGUAUAUGCAUUACAAUCAACCUAUCUCUAUGCCGAACUUAACAUAUGAUCACCCGAUGAGCCGGCAACUGGGUACUGAUAAUGCAGCAGAGUUCGCAUUUGAUACACAAAGGUCUUCAGAUAGAACAAUGAUGGGGGCAGUAUCCCAAACUCCUAACAAUGACGACAGUGUUGCUUCCAGUGCUUCUCAAGGGGGACCAGGUAUAGAAGGUUUUCAGAUUAUUGGUGAAGCUACACCAGGGAACCAACUUCUCGGGUGUGGAUAUCCUGUUCGUGGAACUUCUCUUUGUAUGUUUCAGUGGGUCCGUCAUCUUCCUGAUGGUACUACGCAUUACAUUGAAGGCGCGACAAAUCCAGAAUAUGUUGUUACUGCUGAUGACGUUGACAAGCUUAUUGCUGUUGAAUGCAUACCAAUGGAUGACCAAGGCCGUCAGGGGGACAUUGUGAGGCUUUUUGCUAAUGACCAGAAUAAAAUACAAUGUGACCCAGAUAUGCAAAUGGAGAUUGAUACAUAUCUUUCUAGUGGUCAGGCCAUGUUUAAUAUUCUAAUGCUGGUAGACUCUUCUGAGAAUUGGGAACCAGCUGCCAUGGUUUUGGGACGGUCUGGCUACGAGAUCAAAAUCAGUAGAACAGGAGCAGCAGUAAUUUCUGAGAAGUUCUCAAGGCAGUCGUCUAUAAAAGUUCCCUCUGGGCUCUCAACGCAGUUUGUUUUGACUUGUUCAGACGGAUCGUCCUGUCCUAUAAACACAUACAAUGUCUGGACACGUGACACUCUUGUGGUGACUAUGAGAAUGUUCCAAAGCAAGGUAUUUUUUCUUGUCAAACAACUGUUAGGGCCCUUCCAUCCUGCUCUUUCCAGUGAAAUGUGCAUUAAAUUUCUAUUUAUGCCUUCCUGGAUCUGCUUGUCAUUUUGACAACUUGCUCUAAAAGGCGUAGACCCAAUUUCCAUUCUUCAUGUAUUGAAAUCACGUGCAUGCGCAAGUACACAGUAGUUAUUCCACCCAAGUAUUGGCUACCAAGUUUAAAAGGAUGAUAUCCAAGAGAAGGGUUGUGUCGUGUAACUUUGAGAUAUUUAUCACAGUCGAAAAGAGGCUGCUUAGUAAUAUUCUUGGUUAAUGACAUGACCGACAGCUUUUAAGUUCUUCAGAAACGCGGCUGUUCAACAAAGGGUGAAAUGGCUCCUUGUGCAUGCUUUCUUUUUU